GUGCAGCCGCAGCCGCAGCCGCGGCGGGCGGAGCGCGGUGCGUGAGCGCGGCCCGGCCCCGGCUCAUUACUCAGCGGCCGAGGCCGGAGGCGGCGGGCGGCCAGAAGCGAAAUUUGGAUGAAGUGAACUAACUAAGUCGCCGUCAUGAGUAGGAGCAAGCGUGACAACAAUUUCUACAGCGUUGAAAUUGGAGACUCUACUUUCACUGUAUUGAAACGAUACCAGAAUUUGAAACCAAUAGGAUCAGGAGCACAAGGGAUAGUAUGUGCAGCUUAUGAUGCCAUCCUUGAAAGGAAUGUUGCAAUCAAGAAGUUAAGCCGACCGUUUCAGAACCAAACCCAUGCUAAGAGAGCCUACAGAGAGCUUGUUCUUAUGAAGUGCGUUAAUCACAAAAAUAUAAUCGGCCUACUGAAUGUGUUCACACCACAAAAAUCCCUGGAAGAAUUUCAAGAUGUCUACAUUGUGAUGGAGCUCAUGGAUGCAAAUCUCUGCCAAGUGAUUCAGAUGGAGCUAGACCAUGAACGAAUGUCCUAUCUUCUUUAUCAAAUGCUGUGUGGUAUCAAACAUCUUCAUUCAGCUGGAAUUAUUCAUAGGGAUUUAAAGCCCAGUAAUAUAGUAGUAAAGUCAGACUGCACUUUGAAGAUUCUUGACUUUGGACUGGCCAGAACUGCAGGAACUAGUUUUAUGAUGACGCCUUAUGUAGUGACUCGUUACUACAGAGCACCAGAGGUCAUCCUAGGGAUGGGAUACAAAGAAAACGUGGAUUUAUGGUCUGUGGGGUGCAUUAUGGGCGAAAUGGUUUGCCACAAAAUCCUCUUUCCAGGAAGGGACUAUAUUGAUCAAUGGAAUAAAGUUAUAGAGCAGCUAGGAACACCAUGCCCCGAAUUUAUGAAGAAAUUGCAGCCUACAGUCCGAACUUAUGUGGAGAACAGACCUAAAUAUGCUGGAUAUAGUUUUGAAAAACUCUUUCCAGAUGUCCUUUUCCCAGCUGACUCUGAACACAAUAAACUUAAAGCAAGUCAAGCAAGGGAUUUGUUAUCAAAAAUGCUGGUUAUAGAUGCUUCUAAAAGAAUCUCUGUGGAUGAAGCCCUGCAGCACCCAUACAUCAAUGUUUGGUAUGAUCCAUCAGAAGCAGAAGCUCCUCCACCAAAGAUACCAGAUAAGCAGUUAGAUGAGAGGGAGCACACAAUAGAAGAAUGGAAAGAGUUGAUAUACAAGGAAGUCAUGGACCUGGAGGAGAGAACCAAGAAUGGGGUUAUACGCGGCCAACCAGCCCCUUUAGCACAGGUGCAGCAAUGAUCAAUGGCUCUCAACAUCCAUCUUCAUCAUCAUCUGUCAACGAUGUGUCUUCAAUGUCAACAGAUCCAACAUUGGCCUCUGAUACAGACAGCAGUCUAGAAACCUCAGCUGGACCUCUGGGUUGCUGUAGAUGACUACUUGGUCUUUUGGGGGGUGGGAGGGGGGUCCUUUUAGUCAUUAAUAGGGCACUUUUAAAAUUUGGUGGUAUUUUUGAGUGUUUUUUCAAAAAUAAUCAUGAAAUUCAUCAUAAAGUGCUGUAAUUUCAAACUGUAAGUUGUGUUAAAAGCAGCCACUUUUUUGCUGUAAUUAACUGUAAAAUAUUAAACCUGAUAAUUUUUAUUGUGGUUUUAAAAUCUGCAUAUUUGCUUUACUAUUAUGCUGCUGAUCUUUUUUUACUGAAUUUGUAAGAUUUGUUUUAUCAAAGCACAUAUUAAUGUUGUGGUCAUUACCAUAUAAUGAAUUAUUUAAGAUUUUAUAGGUUUUCAAUUUUUUAAUUAGAAUUUAUUCCAGAUGUUUUGUUCAUGAUAUCCUUCAGAGUUUUAUGCUUGGUCAUACAUCUGUGGUCUAGGUGGAGGGGGAGAGAAUUCAGUGCAGCCAGCUGUAGUUUUGGGCAUACUACUGUGGUGCUGGCAGCGAAAAAAAUCCUCUUUUAUUUUGGCCACUUGCCUAUAAUACUUCAGCAAAAGCAACAAUUAGUAAGUUUUUUUAGAGAAAAAAAAAUCCUUUGCAAAAUAACAUUGUGUGAAUGGGUUUAUGAACAUAAGAAAGCAAAGCAUAUCUUCAAAGCUGCAGAAAUACCCAGCCUAGCAAAGUAAUGUGAUGUUUUCUGCAGAGUUGUGGCAUGCCAAAUCUUGUGAUCACCAUAAAACCCAAGGAUACUUCAUGAAUAAUACAUUGCAAUGCCAAUAAACUGUUUACUUUUAGCUUGUAGCCUGUUUUUGUACACACAAAACAAAGUGUAUCCAGGAUGUCUAGACUGACAAAAAGGAAACUGAAUAUGCUGUAGCUAUACUUACAUAUAAGACGUGAUUCUUGGGAGUUGUGGUUCUUACUGGUUUUGUCUAUUAGGGCGAGUGCUUUUCGAGUGCUUUUUGGGUCAAAGAGGGAAUGACAUGAAUGCAAUAGGGGCAAAACUUCAGCUACUCUUUCUCCACCAAAAAUACUGAUUGCUAAAAACCAUUAAGUGGUAGGAGAACCUCAGGAUUUCUGUAGCUAAUGCAUUAAUGAGCAAUAUAUGCCAUCCAAAGGAGGGAGAAGUAGUGCUGUAUAAAUUAAUAUUUAUCUCUUUCAUUUCACCAUGAGAUCAGUGUAGCAGAAAUCUUAACAAUGGUUCAUUUUAAGUCAUAAAUAUUCAGUAGUUUUCAUCACCGAAGCUCCAGGCUUCAAUACACUUUUUAAACAAAAGAUAUAUUGAGAUAUAUAGAACAUUUACUAAAUAGUCAUGUAAGAUGGUGCUGCUCAUCACAGAAGUAUUUUAACUGUUUACAUUUUAUAUUUACAGAAUGAUUUAUGUAUAACUGACUUAAGUUUGAGUUAAACAAUCAUUCAGAAUUUAUUCCUUUGGAAAAUGCAGAUUUUUAGUGAAGCUAGGUUAUAUAAUUGAUUGCCUCGUGUAGAUGCAUAUUUUGUGUAGUGAAUUAGAAUGCGAAGAGCAAUUUAAAUUAGUAAUGCUCACAAAAAUGGACAUAAAUACAGAAGUCUUGCCAGGCACUGAGCAUAAGCAAGUAAUGUAACUGGCUACAGAGGUCAUCCAGGAAUGACUGAUAGUCUUCAGUGUGGUUCCUUCUGCUUGUUGGGUUAAAUAAGUAUCUUUUUGAAGUUCUAACUGAAAGAGGAAAAUAUGUCUUUACAGCAAGUUUCAGAAAAAUAGAAGUGAUAGUAAUGCUUUUGAUAUCUAACAUGUCUUUUUAAAAAAACAUGCAGGGUUUACAAGAAAUGGUAAUGUCUCAAAGAUGACUAAAUUGAUAAACUGCACAAUUGUUUUCCUGGCCUGGCUAGACUGCUGGUAAGUGCUUUGUGCAUGUAAUUUUGCUUUCCUCACUUGUAUCUAAUAUUUCAAUAUUGCCUUCCUAAACCACAUUUGUUAAGGCAAUUAUUUUUGCAGGAUCUUGCCAAAUUAUGUAUUACCUCGGAAUAGGCAGGACAUGUUUGGAUUCAUCUAGCACUGGAAUGUAGAAAAUCUGCUCAAGUUGAACGGAGACCAACAGAACAGUCUAUUUUGUAAUUUUUUUAUCAAAGUUUAAGCUGUGAAUUAAGCCAAAUUUUUGGUCAUAUGACAGUUCUCUGUUGUUAUAUAGGGUCAAAUGAUAGUGUGGUCAACACAGUGUAAUGAAGUUAAGACUGACAAAAGCAGCUUCUGAUGCCUCUAAGUGCUGUUAAAAACAGAAUUUGGUAAAUAUAAUUCGUAUUCAAAUUUAUUUUAGACCCCUCUGGAUUACAGUGAUGAUUGAAAUAUUUUGAAACUUAAAAAUACUUUUUGCUAUCACUUUCCAGUGUCCUAAAUAAAAUAGCCACUGAAAUGAGUUUAUAAGCUCUAAGGAGAAUUGAGCUUUUCUUCUUUCACGGUAGGUUUAAUGAAUAGGUAGGACUGUCCCCUGCAGCCCAUUGCAGUGGGAGUGAGCAAUUUUUAAAGGGAUUGUUUUGGUUAGGUCAGAGCUUUGCCUGUGGAAACCUAGAGCUCACUUCUGGCACUAUCUUCGUAGUAGUGUUGCGUUUUCUUUUUUUUUUUUUUUUUUUAGGCAAAUUAGUGGUGGCAAAUUUCAAAGAUAAGAAAGUCAGAUUCAGUCACCAAAUUAUCACAACAUCAUCCUAGUCUUAACUUUCCUUUUUAUUUGUUGAAACAUAAAAUUACUUAAGCAGUAGUUGUACACCACCACAGAUAGCAAACAAAUAGGUAACUGGAGUUGAGCUGUCUUUGUCUAUUGUUUGUUAGAUUAUAUGUUGUCCAGUACACUGUACAAUUUUAUUCCUAAAGUAUUGUUAAGCUUUAUUUUAGACUGUUUCAAAAUCUUCUCAUGGCAAUGGGCUUCACUAGAGUGCAUGCAACUUCCUAGGGCUGUUCUAAUCCAUUGGAGAAUUGGUAGGGAUUGAAUUACAAUGAGCUGUCUGAUCUCUUAUGUCAGGUGAGGUUAAAUGUUGGGCAAUAAUAGUGAGAUUGAUUUCCACCUCCUUUAGUCAGAGCUGUGGCAUGCAUCAAGGAUAAAACAGCACUCUCCUUUUGUAGAACUAGGUUCUUCAAGAAUUUGAAAUAGAAGUGGGGGGAGGCGAGCGGGAAUGAGUACCAUGAUGGUGUGCUGCAGUACUGUGUUGUAAGGCCUUUUGCUGAUGCAAGACAAUGGGGUCAGAACUGAUGUUUCACUGUAUGUUGUUGGUGUGUGUGAGCAGCUGGGCUGGCAGAUCAAAACUCUCAGCCCAGCCUGACUGUCCAGGGCAGCCCUGGUUCAUUCUGUUCUGCUCAGCAGACACAGCACUUGCCCUGCGUGAGCUGCACUGCUCGGGAUUUUAGCUUUGAAGAACCUUGCUGUGGUGGGUGCAGUGGUAUGGUUUUGGAUAGGAAUUCCAGCUAGAUACAGAGUAUCAUAAAUUGUUUGGUCAGGGGGGUGUAUGGGUAUGUGUGGGGGGGGGUGUCUGUGUAUGACUGUGUCUGUGUGUCUCUGUGUGUAGUCCCCACGUCCCCACCACAGGGUGGGUGCUGAGGGGGUGCCAGACCACAGCAGGAGCACCCCUUGCUGUCCGAGGGUCCCACAGGGACAGUCCGUGCAAUCCUCUUGGAAUGGUCAGUGGAGCUAACACUGAGCACCUGGCCAGGGGCCCUGCAGGGAGGGAGGGAUGAUGUGGCAUUCAGCUCAACAGUGCAUGAAGAAAGGAGGAUGGUUCUACCCAGCCAAUAAUCCAAAGUGUGUGAUAAAGUUUCUCAAUUAAGAUUAUGCGGGAAAGGGGGGAAGAAGGUUCAGCUUACACUCAGUCUUACUCUUUCAGGUUGCUAAAGGGCAUGAAUUAUGGUUUCUAGAAAUGGUUUUGUUUGCUGUUGGCAGCAGCUUCUCCAUGCUGUUGUAUUUUAUUUUCCUAUCAGUGGUUUGGUUCUUACAUAUUUAGGUUGAGGACUGGAGUUGAAGGAGAGCCUGCCUGCAUUUUUCAGUAGGAUUAGAAAGAGUUCUAAUGAAGAAAUGUGAUGAGACUGUACCGCCUAC